AUCCUAUAGCGCAGACAAUAUCGGAUGUGUUUCUGGGAGAGAACUGGUGCGCGCAACUUCGAAAUAUCGAUUCGCCCUACUGAAACUCCCGCAUUCUCCCGUAUUCGCAGAAAAACGAUUCCUGCCAUUGAAAACACCGACUUAAUCCAAUUUAGUUCAACACGAUUCAAAGUCAAAAUUUAAGCGUUCUCAUAAGUGCUUGUUAAAGUGUAGAGUAGUGAAACGAUCUUUCAAUUGUACCAUAAUAAACAAUCGCCAUUGCAAUAACAUACCCACACCAAGACGGAAAACCGGGAGAAUUGAUGUGAAAAAAAAUCGAUUUUAUUCGGAUUGAUCGCAUUUUUAUCAUUCCAGUUUCGUAUUUCGUGGCUGCGAGAAAUGAAACAUCGAAAAAAUGUUUUCAUAACUAUGUUUUUGUGUAUGUCGUCUUUUGGAUUAGCGCAAGAUGAAAACAGGGAUACUAAACAACAUCCUGAACUCUCCAAAGUAGUUCAAAGUUGGGCAAACAAAUUAAGCGGAGAACUAUGGCAUUUUGGAGAGAUGGUUACUAGGAAAGAUCAAGUGAAAAAUAGUUUUAAAGACACAACAAUCGUUGUGGAAGAUGGGGACUCGCUUUUAACGGACAUUCAUGAACGAAUAUCCAACAUGAUGAAGCAAAAGGUGGAAGCUGUAAGGCGAAUAAUGGAUAUAGCCGAGCAAGCAGCCAAAGCCCAAAAGGAGGAUGAUAUUAAUAUAAAUUUUCAGUUCUACAACGCGAAAAAUCUAACAAAUUCGGCACAAAAUAUUACAGGGUCUGACGAGAAUGAGUUAAACGAUCUCGCGUCAUCACAAGAUAUUCGUUACGAUGAUUCGUUGCUUGGUAGUCUCCAGAUUGAGCAAAGUUAUCAUCAAAAAAUGCCUCCUGAAGGUGUGGAAAUAUACCAAAGAGACCAGAGUCCCCUGGAUAACAGAGACAUAAUUUAUGAGACUGAUAUUGAGAUAACUGAAGAUGUAGAGAAACAUCCACAAGCCAGUCAAACGCAGCCAGUUGAUAAAACAAUGCUACCUCUGUAUAAGAAUAAGCAUUUCUAUAACAUUCCGGUUAAUAUUAAUAAUAGCGCCGUCCAUGUUCCAAGUAAUGUGUAUGAAAGAUCAAAAGAUGUGAUAUCUGGAAUAAUGUGGUCUGAAGAACUGGACAAGACCUUUAGGAACAAUUAUAAGCUUGAUCCCACAUUAUCAUGGCAGUAUUUUGGUAGUUCGACUGGAUUUAUGAGACAGUUUCCUGCUAUGAUCUGGUCACAACAACCAGUAGAUCUAUUUGAUUGUCGUACUCGUAGUUGGUACAUAGAAGCGGCAUCCUCGCCCAAAGAUAUACUUAUAUUAGUAGACCGAUCAGGUUCAAUGACAGGUGGAUCAUUUUCAGGGAUGAGACGUGAGAUAGCCCGCCAUGUAGUCCAUAAUAUUUUAGAUACUUUGGGAAACAAUGAUUACGUCAACAUUUACACAUUUAGCAACACUACCGAUCCUUUGAUCGAGUGUUUUAGUGGUAAAUUGGUUCAAGCAAAUCUAGGCAACAUCCGAAUACUCAAAGAAAGCAUGAGCGAUUUCAAAACAGAACAAAUCGCAAAUUUUACAUUAGCUCUGGCAACAGCUUUUGAAAUUCUGGCGGAAUAUCGCGAGUCAAAGCUGGGAGCUAAUUGUAAUCAAGCAAUAAUGUUGAUAACGGACGGAUCACAAGAUAAUUACAAAGAUGUUUUCGAAAAGUACAAUUGGGACAAUCUUCCAGUCGUAACUGUGAGAUUAUUUACCUAUCUUGUGGGACGAGAGGUGAGCGAUCCAAGGGAUGUUAAGUGGAUGGCUUGCGCCAAUCAAGGCUACUACGUUCAUCUGAGCACAUAUGCAGAAGUGCGCGAAGAAGUUCUGCACUACAUUCCAGUAAUGGCACGACCAAUGGUACUAAAUGCUAACCAAAAGCCAAAUCCAGCAUGGUCACCAGUAUACGCGGACGUUACCGACCCGAAACUGACCAACUGGUUGUGGGUUAAUAGACAAAGAUUUACUCAGCGAGAUAGAUAUCUCAUAUUUAGUAAAUACAAGGAUUUGAUGUCUCCAAAUGAGAUCGAUAAGAAGUUUGUUCAUCAACAGAAACUGAAACAAGACCAUUAUGGAGAGACUCAAACUUACAACCUGAUGACUUCCGUGUCAUUACCAGUAUAUGACAAAAAACCCCGUCAGGAGAGAGUGGCAAAUUUAUUAGGCGUAGCUGGUACUGAUGUUCCAAUAGAAUAUAUACAAAGAUUAAUGCUUCCACACAGAUUGGGUGUAAACGGUUAUGGUUUUAUUGUCACAAAUAAUGGCUAUAUUUUGACUCAUCCGGACCUUAGACCUGUGUACCAAGGUAUAUUGAAACCGGCGUACAAUCGGGUAGAUUUCAUGGAGGUUGAAAUACUCGAUGACGACAGUGAGCCUAGAAGAUUUAAUGAAGAAAUACGGGACUUGCGAAAGAAAAUUAUUAUGCAGAAAAAAGGAAAUAUAACGCUGAGGGUCAAGAGCCAUUUAGAUGACAUUAAACGCAUCCAUAUAAGUAACCGUUAUUAUUACUACAGAGGAAUCAAUGACACACCGUUUAGUUUAGUUAUUGUGUUACCUGAUAAAUAUGGCUUCUAUGGGGUGUUACCUUCUGUAGAAAAUGAUAUUCACAGGCUAAGGUCCAACGAUAAAGGGCCACACACUCUAGCUCAAUUUUUUAAUGGCAAUUGGGCUAUCCAUCCCGAAUGGCACUACUGCAAAGACCUAGAUGACAAGCAUUACUUUGAAACAGCAGAGGAAGAAUUUUUGUAUUUCCUAAAGAAAAUGGACCGGCCUGGAUGGAAAUGGUCUCGAGAGUGUGACCGUAAGUUGAUCACUAAAGUGGUAGCUGAUGCAAAAACUACAGUGUGGUUUAGUGAAAACAUCACAACCACUACUAAAGAAGAUAAGGGACCUAUGUCUAUAUUGAUGGCUCUGAUAUCCAGAGCUCAAUUAAUAAAACAAUAUGGAAUAGUGGUAGCUUUUAUGGCUACCCACAGUGGACUUACCAGAUGGCAAACUUUUCCGCAAAACAUAGACAACACUAUCUAUGAAAGACAUUUCCAUCACGUACACAAUAGGGCAAUUGAUGAAGUUUGGUACAAAAGAGCUGUAGAACAUUCAUACGUAGAUGCUGGCGCCUAUGUUUAUUCAGUUCCUCAUGAAGCUGGUAAGCUACAUACAGGGUGGCUUUUUUAGUGCCAGAGAGUCCAUUAUUUCCGUUG